AUGGAAGGAGAUGCCACGGUCACACCUGAUGGGCUCUUGAGGCUCACUGAUCAAAAACCAAACACCAUCGUUACAACUUUUUACCGGAAGGCGGUGAGAUUACUGGAGCCGCACAGAAACGUUCGUUCAUUUAGCACAUGUAUUGUCUUUGCAAUAAACCCUACAAGCUCCAAAGAAGGAGGCUAUGGAUUCACCUUUACUCUAUCUCCCACCCCGUAUGGAAGGAGAGCAGAUUCCGGACAGUAUAUGGGACUUUUCAGCGAUGUAACCAACGGAAACCCGAGAAAUCAUGUUUUCGCGGUGGAAUUUGACACUGUGCAAGGGUUCGACGAUGGUUAUCACAGAAUGGGGAGUCAUAUUGGGGUAAAUUUCAACAGUCUCGCAUCGGAAUUUGAAGGACCUGUUCUGUUUUACAAAAAUGACCGAAGGGAAGAGUUUUUACUCCAAACAGGAGAACCCAUCAAAGCGGAUAUAACCUAUGACGGAUUCACCAAAUUACUGAACGUAACGGUCUACCCUGCCGAAAUUUCUCCUAGUCCGGUUAGGCCAUCGAUCUCUGUACCAGUUCCAAAGUUGUCUCGGAUCAUUGAAGAAGAGAUGUAUGUCGGUUUCACGGCAGCAACGGGAGAUGGUGAACGUUCAAGUGCACAUGAUGUCAUGGGAUGGAGUUUUAAAAGUGGCGGAGAACAUCCAGUGGCGGCAACUAAGCUCAAUCUCUCCGAGCUUCCUCAUCCACCUACGAAUACGGCAGAGAAGAGCGGUUACAGUUCAGAUAAAAUUGGUCUGAUUGCAUUUGCGGCUAUAUCGGGCGCUGCGCUGAUUGUGGCAUUUGUGAUCUACAGGAAGAAGCGAGGAGAGACUCUAGAAGAUUGGGAAGUGACCCACCCCCACAGAAUGAGUUACAGAGAUCUGGAUUCUGCAACUGAUGGCUUCAGCGAGGAGCGGAUUAUCGGAUCAGGAGGCUUUGGAACGGUAUUCAGAGGAAGCCUCUCUUCAUCUCUGGGUGAAAUUCUGCAUUCCGUUGACGAGAGGCUCGAAGCAUGUUACGAUACCGAAGAGGCCAGGGAAGCCCUCCUGGUGGGGCUGCUUUGCUGCCACAUGAGGCCCGAGUGUCGACCAUCUAUCGGGUUAGUUCUUAGCUAUUUAAAUUCAGAAGAAAGUGUACCUAACAUCAACGAAACUUGGGGAAUUUCUGCUUUCUCAACCACCUCACUCGCACCCUUCUCACUCACUAAGACGUCUUCAUGUUCUGCACAAACUGGGUAG